AUGACCCUUUAUUCCUCUUGUGAGUUCUCCUCGCCAUCCUCCCGCUUCCGGAGGAGCGCAGAUCGCACAGUCCUCCGCGCGUGGCUCCCCAGCUGGGCUGCGCUUUUCGGGUGUCACUAGCUGCUGGAGAGAGAAAGGGCGCUCUGCGCUCCACAGGGCGGGUGAGUGACCGGCGUUUGGCUGCCCUUGCCAAGCUGCUGUUUUCUGAGAAGACUCAGUCCAGCAGCCCUGAGCGCUGAAUUCUGCACCUAAUCGAGCUCAAUAAGAUCAAGAAAAGAAUCCAUUCCAAUAUAUGGCCAUUUGGCUCUUGGAAGCAAUGCUCCACCAUGUUCCAUGCUGGUGAUGCUACACAAGGCACAGAACUCAGUAUUAGCAGACAGCCAGCCUACAGAAGAUUGUGACCACCCUUCUUGUACAUGUGUUGUUGACUGAAACCUCAUUAUGGGACACAUGAUUAUAAAGUCACAGGAGACACUGUGGAUGGAUGGCUGCUGGAAACCCAUUGCCAUAGCCAGCUCUUCUUCAAUACCUAAGGACUUAGUACGGCAUUGAGUAAUGAGAAUUUCGAAACCAUAUUUGAGAAGUACUUCCAUCCAGUGCUACUUGUGUUUACUUCUAAACACUCAUUUUUUAACAGAGGCUGCCAUUCGUGUCUUCAUUUUUGGCUGUAUCAGUGCAGGUCUUCCUAAAACAGAGGCCAACUGGCACCAUGUAAUAAGUGACCUGAAAAUAAUUGAAGAGCUUAUUCAAUCUAUACAUAUUGAUGCUUCUUUAUAUACUGAAAAUGAUGUUCAUCCGAAUUGCAAAGUAACAGCAAUGAAGUGCUUUCUCCUGGAGUUACGAGUUAUUUUACAUGAGUCCAGAAUUGAGCUUCUUAAUGAAACCUUAGAAAAUAUUAUCUUCCUAGCAAAUAGCAGUUUAUCUUCUAAUGGGAAUAUAACCGAAUCUGGAUGCAAAGAAUGUGAGGAACUAGAAGAAAAAAAUAUUAAAGAAUUUUUGCAGAGUUUUGUACAUAUCGUACAAAUGUUCAUCAACCCUUCUUGAUUGUGAUUGAUCCUUUUCAGUGUUUCUGUUAUUAACAAACACCUUCCUGCUGCUUGCGGACAACAAAACACUCCACAUUUCAAAUGUGCCGCCCUGGCAAGUUUUUCUAGUAAGAUGAUGAUCAGGAUCUCAGAUCAGAUGAACUCUUAGAAAUGAAGAUAGAAAAAUGUCAUUAAGUAACAAUGACGAUGAACUUCUUUCAAACUUAUUUUGCUCAUUUGUUUUAAUUUAUUAUUUGAAAUUGUACAUAUUUGUUAUGUAAUAUAGAAUGUUGAAUAAAUGUGUGUACAUGUUUUAUCAUUUGAAGUUGCACUCGUAUUUUACCUUGCUAUAAGACAAAGGGGGGCAUUUGUUAAGGGAUAAUGAGGGUACAAAAGAUGCUGGCCAACAGCUAUGCUGGCAUUCCCCUGCCAGCGCAGAGCCAUGGGCUACCAGUCCUCACUCAUUUCUUUAUGAGGUGUAGCACUCAAAAAAAGAAUCAGCUUGCCAGUGAGAAAAAUAGGAACCAUGUGGGAACCCUGUGCUUUCCUCUGUAAUUUAGUCACUAAUAUAUAAAGCACCUGUUAUGAAGGAAAGAAAUUACAAUAUGUGGCAUGUAAUGUACGUCAGUAAAUCAUAGAUGGUGUCGAGGCAAUAAUAAACUUGCUUUAUAGGUAAAAUGAUGUAUAGAAAACUAAUGGUGAUGAUGUUUAUAUGUCGUGCUUUUCCGUGUACAGUCUUUUAUUUUUGCUAUAUUGGCAGGAGAAAAAAUUGUUGAUUUGUUGGAGCCAAUGUUAUCUGACAUAAAAUAGUUGUUUAUAUAUUUUUUGCACUAAACUGUCUAAAACUAGGAAGCUCUUUCUUACUCCCAGAUUCAUUUCUGCCAGUCUUCACUGAAUGAUUGUGGCAUAGGAAAUGAUCUAAAAAUUCUGUUUCUCUCCAUUCCACACAACAUAAACUGGUUCUCUGUUGCAGUAAUUUUGUCAUCCUGUGCCCUAUCCAUGCUCAU